CUCCUGCAAAACCACACCGCCUAUGCCUGCGAUGGGGACCGCUUGAAUCUCCAGUGUCCUCGGCAUUCUACGAUAAGUGUCCAGUCAGCAUUUUAUGGGCAAGGUGACCAAAUGUGUAACUCCCAGCAGCCUGCAGCCCAGAGGAAAGACAGCCUAACCUGUGUGGCAUCCACCACACUGCAGAAGGUCCUGGAUGAGUGCCAGAACCAGCGGGCCUGCCACUUCCUGGUCAAUAGCCGUAUUUUUGGACCUGACCUUUGCCCAGGAAGCAGUAAAUAUCUCCUGGUCUCCUUUAAAUGCCAACCUAAUGAAUUCAAAAACAAAACCGUGUGUGAAGACCAGGAGCUGAAGCUGCACUGCCACGAAUCCAAGUUUCUCAACAUCUAUUCAGCAACAUAUGGCAGGAAGACCCAGGAGAAGGACAUCUGCUCCUCGGACUCAGAGCGCUUCUCCCCCGUGGACUGCUUGUCUUACUCCGCGUUGCAAGUGUUAUCCCGGAGAUGCUAUGGGAAGCAGAGAUGCAAAAUCAUCGUCAACAAUCACCACUUCGGAAGCCCCUGUCUGCCGGGAGUGAAAAAAUACCUCACAGUUACCUACGCGUGUGUUCCCAAGAACAUCCUCACAGCGAUUGAUCCAGCUGUUGCUAAUCUAGAACCUUCUUUGAAGAAGAAAAAUGGUAUAAACUUUGACCCAAGUGAAUCGAGUGUUCUGAGGAAAGACGGUGUCAUUUUUAGCAACUCUCUGGCAGCAUUUGCUUACAUUAGAGCCCACCCCGAGAGAGCCGCCCUGCUGUUCGUGUCCAGUGUCUGCAUCGGCCUGGCCCUCACAGUGUGUGCCUUAGCCAUCAGAGUGUCCUGCACCAAGGACUUCCACGAGCUGCAGCUGGGGAGGGAGCAUCUGGUGCCAGGGAGUGACAAAGCCGAGGAGGACAGCGAGGAUAAAGACGAGGAGGAGGGCUCCUCAGACUCUGAACUUCCAGGAGAACUGUCAGGGUUUUGUAGGACUUCCUAUCCCAUCUACAGUUCCAUAGAGGCUGCAGAGCUAGCAGAAAGGAUUGAGCGCAGAGAGCAAAUCAUUCAGGAAAUAUGGAUGAACAGUGGUUUGGACAGCUCGCUUCCGAGGAACAUGAGCCAGUUCUACGGAAAACCAGAUGCAUCUUGAUGUGAUCACACUUUCUGAAGAGGGAAGGAUCCGGAAUGCCCCUCCAGUUCUGUUUCACUUGUACCUUCUAUGAAGGAGAAUUUGUCAUGUCAUCCAAGACUGGUGAAGCCAGAAAGAUGUUAAAACAGACAUUUCGAAUUGUUUACAGCACAUUCCAAAAUAAAUU